AUGGUUCGUGGUGACUAUGAUUCCAUCCAUCCAUGCAUGCAUCCUCCUUCUAACAAGUCUUUCCGCACCAAGCGUAUUCUUGGCAAGAAGCUGAAGCAGAACAGACCCCUUCCUAACUGGAUCCGUUUCCGCACUGACAACACCAUCCGGUACAACUCCAAGCGUCGUAACUGGCGCCGCACCAAGCUCAACAUCUAA